CUGUCGAGAUGUAAAAAUAUUUGUUGUAAGUUUUCAUACUAUUCUAAAAUUAUUCAGAGGACGGUUAUUACCGACCAGCAGAAAGAAGCAUUGAAGCUUGUAUUUGAACAUGACCAGCAUCCAAACCAGCGAACAAUUGAACAACUUUCGCAAACCUUGUCGUUAGGUACCAGGACAGUUAGCAAUUGGUUCCAUAACUAUCGAACUCGACAAAAGGCAAGUUUGAGAGCUAAAUAUUUUUCGAAUGGAGAUUCGAAUCAAAAGAGAAAUAUAACUAAAGGAAAAAAUAACAAUGAUCGCUGGAAACAGGAACUUGUGGAAUUAAUGAAAUUGGAAUCAAAGCCAAAUCACUGGCCACCAACAAUGGUGCCAACUAGCAACAACAAUUUUACUAGAAAUACUAUUACUAAAAAUAAUUCGCUUGAUAAAGCUAUCGAACGGAUUCAAAAGCUCAAUGCAGCCAAGCAGUCGUAA